GUGGGAAAAUUAAAAAAAAUAUAUAUAUAAGGGUAGAAAGGGAGGCGAACCAAGUGGAACAAAAAAAAAAAAAGAGAAAAAGUAACGACAGAUGUGUCUGUGCCGGAUGACGCACUGGCUCAAUUUAAACAAUUGUAGCUUUAUUUUAAAUAUUAUCAAAUAAUAUAUUUAUUAUUAUUAAAUAUUUCGUAAAACAAUAAUUAUUAUAAAUUUUUUUUUCAAGUGAAUAAAUCAAGUGUUGAAAAAUCUUUAAGUUAUGACGUAAAGAAAAAUUGAAAUUCGACAAUUGACGUAAGACUUUUUUUCGUUUUAGAUAUAUCAUUUAUUUAUUUACUUGUUUAUUUAUAUUAAUAAGGUUUUUUUUUUUUAAUUUAAAUUUAACCGUGAACUUUGAGCUUUAGUAUUUUUUUUUUUUUUUAAAUUUCACACGCUUUAAUCAACGGGUGUCCACCACACCAGUUAAAUUUUUUUUCAUCUGUGGUUUUUUGUGUUUUUAUUAUCUCUUGUUGUUAUUCUACAUAUUGAACCAUAUUAUAACUCUUUUUUUUUUUUUUAUAAACACGUGCUCCGGAAAUAGUUUAGAGCAUGAUGUCAUGAAAUAAAUAAAUAUAUAAAUUUUUGUUAUUUUUCAUUGGUUAAAUAAUUAUAGAUAAAUAAUAUAAAAAUUAAAAACAAAAAAAAAGAAAUAUUACCUCUGUAAUGGUACGUAAUCCUGACAUAAUAAUUUAUUAAUUACUAAAUUUUCAAUAUUAUAUAAAAUGUUGUUUUUAAUCGAAUUAAUUCGAAUGAAAUUAUAAUUAUUCAAAUGGCUUAAGGUCAGUGCUCCUGAAUGAAAAUAAUAAUUAAUCUUUUCCCAUCAACUUACUCCAAAAAAAAAGAAAAUAAAAAUCACCAAUAAUAUUUAAAAGAUGAUAAUAAUAAUAAUAAAAAAUAAAUAAAAUCAAGUUCAACUGUUUAAAUCGACAAGUAAGUAAGUGAGUAAGUAAGUAAUCGAGUGUAUCAAGUUGGCUGGUAUACAAGUUUGUUGAAUCAAAGAGUAUAAAAUAAUUAAAAAAAAAAAGUGUGUGACUUAAAUAUCACACUUGUGAAACUAUUGGAUAUGUGUGAGAUAUCAAAAAACGAAGAAAUAUCAUACCGUGACCAAGAUUCAUUGCGAAUUCACAAGAGCAAUGAUGAUGACUACUACGACAACAACAACAACAACAACAGCAAUGAAGACGACGACGAUGGCAAUAUUACAAAUAAAACAACAUUGAAAUACUUCAGGAAGCAAGAGCAAGAAGACCAACAUCAUAAUGAUCUAAAGAGUAGGGAAGAAGAGAAGGAGGCGUUGAUCACAACGAAUGAGAAUCGAGACUCUUCGUCGUCGACUUUGGUCAGUUACGAACGGGAUAAGAACAAGACCGGUGGUAGCAACGUUGUUUCACAAUACGCUCAAACAAUUAAAGUGCCUUCCUCAUCAUCAUCAUCAUCAAUAAUAAUAUUACCAUCAACCUCAUCAUCAACAACAACAACAACAUUAUCAACCUCAUCAACUUCAUCAUCCUCAUCAAUAUCAUCAGUAUCCUGUAAAAAUACCAACGAGGUGAUUACAAACGGCGUAAAAAAAAAUAACCCAGACAGCUGUGAGUCAUUGACAAACGGAAAAGACAUGGCACCUGUCAUGGGAGUACCACCACCACCACCAGAACCUCACAUGGGUCCAGAUGGUAUUAUUUUACCUCGAAAGCCUUACAAUCCGUGCCUCAUUUCCAACAACCACAAAGACCUCCGUAGAGAAUUAUUAUUUAAUCAAAAAAUGGGUAAAAAUGUAUUAAAUCAAAAAAGUGAACUUCAACGUGCACUUGAACGUCGUCAACGUGAUUCUGCACUUAGACGUGAAUCACAAAAAAAUCGUGAAGAAACAUACAAAGAUGAUCCAAGGACAGCAUUACAACGUGCACUUGAACAACGAGCAAAACAACUUGAACUUUCAGAAAAUCCAAUUAAUAUUGAACCACCAAAUCCAUUGGUAACUGCACGUGCCAAGUUAAGAACUCGCACGGAUUCACAAUGAUUAAAUUAAUAUAAUUUUUUUUUAAAAAUUAUUAAAGCUGAUUAAAUAAUAGAGUGAGAGAGUUAAUAAAUAAUUAAGAGCCAAGUCAUAAAUUGGAGAUAGUAUAGUUAAUUUUUUCACACUGUUUUUUUUUUUUUAAUACACAAUAAAUAAUAAAAUUUUCAAUAAUAUCUUAUGGGCUGUGUAUAUAUAUGAUGGAAAAGAUUGAAAGAAAAAAAAAUGUGCUAAAAAAAAAUCAAAGAUAACUGGAAGUUUAAUUAAUUGAGUUAAUGAAUGAAAUUUUUUUAGAGAAUGUUUUUCUUUUUUUUAACUGAGACUUGUUUGUGUGAAAAUAAUAUUUAAAAAAAAAAAAAUGUAAUAAAAUAAAUUGAGAGAAAAUAUAUGUAGAUCGGUCAUUGAACCGGUGUUGACUAGGGCAUGAUAAGGACCUUUGUCCAGCAUUUAUAUAAAAUUAUAUUAACAUCGUAAAUUAAUUUUCCUCAAAUAAUAUCAAACUAUUUUAUUUUUCUUCGUUCUAUAAUUACGUAAAUAUAUUGCAAAUUAAUUUUAAUAGAAUUUGUUGUUAUUGAAAUUUAAAAAUAUUGUAUGUGUAUUUAUAUAUGAAUUAUUUGUCGAUUUUAUGAGUGAAAUAAUUCGAAGUGAACUGUCCCAAUAACUGGGACCAAACCUGCACUAUUUAAAAUAAAAAAAAUAAAUUAAUUAUAAGCAAUAGAAAACGACAGAUCACUUCGUUUUUUUUUUUUUUUUUAAAUUAUUAAUCAUUUAUUAAAUUCAUGUUAUUUUUCAACAAUGAAAAUAUUUGUUUAUUAUUUAUCAAUAUAAAAAUACCCAAUUGUCAAAUUCCUAUUUUUAAGAUUAAUUUGUUUUUUAUUACGAG